AUGGAUACUAGCUACCUGUCCCAACAGGUCAACACCAUUAUCGGCCAACUUCACGGCCUUUUUGACGAGAUAGGAGUUCCUAGCCAUGAGCGGGAACAUCGCGAGUCAGAGGUAAACUCUUCGCAGCCUUAUCCGAAGCGCUGCAUAACCAACGAAAAUGCAGAACUUGUACAGGCCCUUGAGUCCUACUCGUCUCAUCUGGAGCCCACGUUCGUUAAGAUCGCCCUACCACCUACUGGUCCAAACCAGUCUAUCCCACCCAGCUUUGACUUGUCGCCAUCCUACGUCGAUAAGCUCGACAGCGAGUUCACGCGAGUCUACGAGGAGUAUACUCGGAGAGUUGCUACAGUGAAAGCCCUGUCAGAACACAUCAUCCAACUCUGGGCGGAGCUCGGCACGCCCCAGGCCCAGACUGAUGGAGCUAUUGUCAAGUAUUACCGCGAUGCGCCUGAGCAGCUCGGCUUGCAUGAAGAGGAUCUUGCGCGACUGCGGACUAAGAGGGACAAACUUGCUGACGAGAAGAAGAACCGUGAGAAGCGCUUGAGAGAUCUGAAGGUGGCUGUCGAGGCUCUCUGGGAGAAGCUGGGCAUUGAGGAGAAGGAGCGUAAGGCGUUCUUGAACAGCAACCGAGGGUGUGGUGUCCGACAGAUCAACGAAUUCGAGGAUGAGUUGGCCAGGCUCAAUGAGCUGAAGCGACAGAACCUUCAUCUUUUCGUAGAGGAUGCCCGAUACAAACUUCAGGAGCUUUGGGACGCUUUGUACUUCUCAGAAGAUGAGAUGCUGGAGUUCACUCCUGCAUUCUCUGACGUGUACAGCGACGCUCUGCUCGAGGCUCAUGAGCGUGAGAUUGCCAAACUUGAGACUCUGAAGGAGCAGCGAGCCCCAACUUUAGCUCUCGUUGACAGGCACCGCACGCUUGUACACGACAGAGACGAGUUGGCAGCUUCGAGCCAAGACGCCUCCCGUCUCAUGAUGAGAGGUCAAAAGGGAGAGAAGCGAGAUCCUGGCAAGCUUCUCCGAGAAGAGAAGAUGAGGAAGAGGAUUGCAAAGGAACUUCCUAAGGUGGCAGCAGAGUUACGAAAGAUGUUGGACAAGUGGGAGGAUGAGUACGGCCGUCCGUUCCUAGUUCAUGGCGAGCGAUAUCUCGACGUUAUUGAAGCCGAUGAUCCGAAAUCAGCUCCAGGUCCAAGAGCGAAGACUCCAGCUGGGCCACCCCCAUCUACAACGAAGAGUGCGAAGGGCGGUAUGUUGAGCAGAGCCAACAGUGUGGGCAAAGGCGCGCAACCAUCACGCGCUGGCGCGAAGACCCCGACGGCUGCUCAUUCCACCAUACCCAAAAAGGCUCAGCCGUCGAAUCAGGGUAACAACCUCAAGGGCAGCCCUUCACGUAUCCCUGCUCGUGUUCCGCUAUCAAAUCUCAAGAACGGCAAUAACUCGCCCGAACGUGCUCGACCUCAAUCCCGCGCUGAUGGCGGCGUUAUGAGGCCAGGUGCGCCUCUCAUGCGUGCUCCACCCCCAAAGAUGCGAGAUCUGGUUCCAGUUCCGCAACUAGAAACCCCGGCAAAUCCAUACCGAUCCGCUGGGCUAGGUUCAAGUAUCGUGAGACAGGUUGAACCUGAGGAUGUAUAUGACGAUAGGCCCCUGUCGCAGCACGAGUACAGCCGCCCUCCAUCCCACCACGACUACCAUGCCUCGAUGCGUCCGCCUGAGCGUAUGAUUCAGUCAUCCUAUCCGCAAGCUCCUCCCGCCAGGCAGAUAUCCAACACAUCGACGGCAGUAUCUGGAUCGGAGAACUGGGAAACAUACGACGACAACUCCGAGCCUGAGCAGGACGCAUCUGACACAUACUAUGCUAAGGUUCGCGCCGCUAGAAGCAAACGAGCGUCGCCGGAAACGGGAUAUGGUCGAUCCUAUGCCAGCCAGUCGAAGCGCCUCAGAGGAUUUCCACCAGCAUCACAUGCCGGUCAUGUGAUGGUAGACCACGACGGAAACAGGAUCAUCUCCGGCAGCGAGUGGACUGACGAGGAUGCUUUUUAG